AUGACCACUUUACUCUUGGCGUUCGUGACUCUGAGGGUCAUCGCCACCGCAGCAGCCGUCUCCGUAGAAGUUCCAGGCCCCGACAACUCGCUGAGCGUCAGCAUCCCCGAACCGUCCCCGCUGCGGGUCCUCCUGGGGACCUCCCUCACCAUCCCCUGCUACUUCAUCGACCCCAUGCACCCCGUGACCACCGCCCCCUCCACCGCCCCCCUCGCCCCGAGAAUCAAGUGGAGCCGCAUUUCCAAGGAGAAGGAGGUGGUUCUGCUGGUGGCCACGGAAGGCCAGGUGCGGGUCAACAGCGCCUACCGGGACAAGGUCUCGCUGCCCAACUACCCGGCCAUCCCCAGCGACGCCACCUUGGAAAUCCAGAGCCUGCGCUCCAACGACUCAGGGGUCUACCGCUGCGAGGUCAUGCACGGCAUCGAGGACAGUGAGGCCACCCUGGAGGUCGUGGUGAAAGGCGUUGUGUUCCACUACAGAGCCAUCUCCACGCGCUACACCCUGGACUUCGACAGGGCGCAGCGGGCCUGCCUGCAGAACAGCGCCAUCAUCGCCACGCCCGAGCAGCUGCAGGCCGCCUACGAGGACGGCUUCCACCAGUGCGACGCCGGCUGGCUGGCCGACCAGACCGUCAGGUACCCCAUCCACGUCCCUCGGGAAGGUUGCUAUGGAGACAAGGAUGAGUUUCCGGGCGUGAGAACCUACGGCAUCCGCGACACCAAUGAGACCUAUGACGUGUACUGCUUUGCGGAGGAGAUGGAGGGCGAGGUCUUCUAUUCGACGUCGCCGGAGAAGUUCACCUUCCAGGAGGCCGCCAACGAGUGCCGGCGGCUGGGCGCCCGGCUGGCCACCACGGGCCAGCUCUACCUGGCCUGGCAGGGCGGCAUGGAUGUGUGCAGCGCCGGCUGGCUGGCCGACCGCAGCGUGCGCUACCCCAUCUCCAAGGCCCGGCCCAACUGCGGGGGCAACCUGCUGGGCGUGAGGACCGUCUACCUGCACGCCAACCAGACGGGCUACCCCGACCCCUCGUCCCGCUACGACGCCAUCUGCUACACAGGUGAAGACUUCGGGGACAUCCCGGAAAACUUCUUCGGGGUGGGCGGGGAAGAGGACAUCACCGUCCAGACUGUGACCUGGCCGGACGUGGAGCUGCCCCUCCCCCGCAACGUCACCGAGGGGGAAGCCCGGGGCAACGUGAUCCUCACCGUGAGGCCCAUCUUCGGCUCCCCCACGGCCGCGGAGCCCGAGGAGCCCUUCACGCUGGGUCCUGACCAAGAGGCCACCGCCUUCCCUGGGGCCGAGAACGGGACUGGAGAGGCCACCGGGCCCUGGGCCUCGCCCGAGGAGUCCACGCCCGGCCUGGGCCCCUUCACCGGCGAGGACCUGGUCGUGCAGGUGACCGCAGCCCCGGGUGAGGCCGAGGUCCCCGGGCGGCCACGAUUGCCAGGGGGGGUCGUGUUCCACUACCGCCCGAGCUCCACCCGCUACUCGCUGACCUUCGAGGAGGCCCAGCAGGCCUGCCUGCGCACCGGGGCAGUCAUCGCCUCGCCCGAGCAGCUCCAGGCCGCCUACGAGGCCGGCUACGAGCAGUGUGACGCCGGCUGGCUGCAGGACCAGACCGUCAGAUACCCCAUCGUGAGCCCGAGGACCCCGUGCGUGGGGGACAAGGACAGCAGCCCUGGAGUCAGGACGUAUGGCGUGCGCCCGCCGUCGGAAACCUACGAUGUCUACUGCUACGUGGACAAGCUCGAGGGGGAGGUGUUCUUCGUCACCCGCCCGGAGCAGUUCACCUUCCAGGAGGCCCUGGAGUUCUGCAAGACCCACAACGCCACGCUGGCCUCCACCGGCCAGCUCUACGCCGCCUGGAGCCUGGGCCUGGACAAGUGCUACGCCGGCUGGCUGGCCGACGGCAGCCUCCGCUACCCCAUAGUCACCCCUCGGCCGGCCUGUGGCGGCGACAAGCCAGGCGUGAGGACCGUCUACCUCUACCCCAACCAGACAGGCCUCCUGGACCCCCUGUCCCGGCACCACGCCUUCUGCUUCCGAGGAGUCUCAGCUGCGCCCUCUCCAGGAGAAGAGGGGAGUAGCACGCCCACACCACCCUCGGGUGUGGAGGAUUGGAUCACGGCCGACGUGAGGCCGGGCGUGGCCGCUGUCCCCUCGGGGGAGGAGACGACGGCAGUCCCAGAUCUGACCACUGAGCCAGAAAACCAGACGCGAUGGACACCAGCCUACACCCCCGCGGGCGCUUUCCCGCUGCCAGGGGUCCCUCCUACAGGGCCUCCCACCGGCGCAGCCACCGAGGAGAGCACAGGCAGCCCGUCUGCCACGGAAGUGCCCUUGGUCUCGGAGGAACCAUCCCCCUCGGAGACGCCAUCCCCCUCGGAGAUGCCGUUCACCUCUGAGGAGCCGUCCACCCCCUCACCCCCAGCGCCCAGCGGGAUGGAGCUGCCAGGGUCGGGGGCCACAUCCGGGGUACCGGAGGUCAGCGGCGACUUCACAGGCAGUGGAGAAGCUUCAGGACACCUGGACUCCAGUGGGCAGCCCUCGGGGGGCAGUGCAAGUGGGCUGCCCUCGGAGGACCUUGACUCCAGCGGCGCCCCCACGACAGUGGGCUCGGGCCUGCCGGUGGGAAGUGGACUGGCCUCGGGGGAGGAAGACAGAAUCACGUGGUCCAACGCUUCUCAGGUUGGUGGGCUGCCCUCUGGCGGUGAGGGUCUAGAAGGCUCUGCUUCUGGAGUAGAGGACCUCAGUGGACUUCCUUCUGGAACGGAGGGUCUAGAGACCCCUGCCUCUGGAGUAGGGGACCUGAGUGGACUUCCUUCUGGAGAAGGUCCGGAAGUCUCUGCUUCUGGAGUAGAGGACCUCAGUGGACUUCCUUCUGGAACGGAGGGUCUAGAGACCCCUGCCUCUGGAGUAGAGGACCUGAGUGGACUUCCUUCUGGAGAAGGUCCGGAAGUCUCUGCCUCUGGAGUAGGGGACCUGAGUGGACUUCCUUCUGGAGAAGGUCCGGAAGUCUCUGCUUCUGGAGUAGAGGACCUCAGUGGACUUCCUUCUGGAACGGAGGGUCUAGAGACCCCUGCCUCUGGAGUAGGGGACCUGAGUGGACUUCCUUCUGGAGAAGGUCCAGACGUCUCUGCUUCUGGAGUAGAGGACCUCAGGGGACUUCCUUCUGGAAGAGAAGGUCUAGAAACCUCUGCUUCUGGAGUAGGGGACCUCAGUGGACUUCCGUCUGGAAGAGAAGGUCUAGAGACCUCUGGUUCUGGAGCUGAGGACCUCAGUGGGUUGCCUUCUGGAAAAGAAGACUUCACUGGAUCCGCUUCCGGAGCCCUGGACCUGGGCAGAAUACCCUCUGGAACUCUAGGAAGUGGGCACGCUCCAGAAGCGAGCAGCCUGCCCUCUGGAUUCAGCGGUGAGUAUUCCGGAGUGGACUUUGGAAGUGGCCCGUCCUCCGGCCUGCCUGACCUCAGUGGGCUUCCCUCUGGGUUCCCGACCGUCUCCCUGGUGGACACCACGCUGGUGGAAGUGGUCACGGCCACCGCGGCAAGUGAACUGGAAGGGAGGGGAACCAUUGGCAUUAGUGGCGCUGGAGAAAUAUCCGGGCUGCCCUUCAGUGGGCUGGACAUCAGUGGGGGAGCCAGCGGACUCCCUUCAGGAGCCGAACUCAGCGGCCAGGCAUCUGGAUCUCCGGAAAUCAUCAGCGGGGAAACGUCUGGACUCUUCGAUGUCAGCGGACGGCCGUCGGGACUUCCCGACAUCAGCGGGGGGACAUCUGGGCUUUUUGAGGUCAGUGGGCAGCCAUCAGGGUUUCCGGGGGAAACGUCUGCAGGGACCGAGCUUAGUGGGCUGCCUUCCGGACUCCCAGAUGCCAGUGGAGAAGUUUCGGGAGACCUCUUCGGCAGUGCUCGGCCGUUCGGCAUGACCGACCUCAGUGGGGAGACGUCCGUGGUCCCUGACCUCAGCGGGCAGCCCUCGGAGUUGCCGGGCUUCAGCGGGGCCACACCCGGAAUUCCUGACCUGGUCUCCGGCACCCCGAGCGGCAGCGGCGAAUCUUCUGGCAUUACGUUUGUGGACACCACUCUGGUUGAAGUGACCCCCACGACGUUCAAAGAGGAAGAAGGUUUAGGGUCCGUGGAGCUCAGCGGCCUCCCUUCCGGGGAGACGGAUCUCUUGGGCACCUCUGGGGUCGGGGAUGUCAGUGGGCGGCCUUCCGGAGCCAUCGACUCCAGCGGGUUUACAUCCCAGCCUCCGGAACUCAGCGGCCUGCCGAGCGGAGUAGCCGAGGUCAGCGGAGAAGCCUCUGGAGCCGAGGCGGGGAGCAGCCCGCCCUCGGGAGCCUAUGACGGCAGUGGACUCGCAUCGGGUCUCCCUACGGUCUCCCUCGUCGACAGAACUUUGGUGGAGUCUGUCACCCAGCCUCCCACGGCCCAAGAAGCAGGAGAAGGGCCCUCGGGAGUUUUAGACCUCAGUGGGCUGCAGUCCGGGCUGGUGGAGCCCAGUGGGGAGCCUCCGAGCACCCCGUAUUUUAGCGGGGACUUUUCUGGCACCGUUGAUGUGAGUGCAGAGUCUUCAGCAGCCACGGGCAGCAGCGGGGAGGCCUCAGGAUUUCCGGAAGUCACUUUAAUCGCUUCUGAAUUUGUGGAGGGUGUUACUGAGCCAACCGUUUCCCAGGAACUCGGCCAGAGACCCCCUUUGGCACGCACCCCCCCGAUUUUUGAGUCCAGUGGAGAAGCCUCAGCAUCGGGAGACGUCAGCGGAGCCACACCGAGGUUCCCUGGGUCUGGAGUAGAGGCGUCGUCAGUCCCGGGAUCUGGCCUCGAAACAUCUGCCUAUCCUGAGCCUGGGGUGGGGGCGUCUGCUGCUCCCGAGGCCAGUGGAGGAGCUUCGGGGUCCCCCGAUCUGAGUGAAACCACCUCUGCCUUCCCUGGCGCAGACCUGGGCGGGGCCUCAGGCCUGGACGCCAGCGGCAGCACCCCCGCCUUCCAGGAAGGACCCACAGAGGGCUCGACGCCCUCGGGAGUGAGUGGCGAGCCGCUCCAUGGGACCAGCACCUACGACGUGGUCACAGAGACAUCGGGCUGGGCUUCGGCCACAGCCACGGCUUCUGGAGACAGGACCGAACUCAGCGGAGACCCAUCCGGUCACACCUCAGGGCUGGAUGUUGUUAUCGGCACCGGCGUCCCGGAGUUUGAACGGACCCCACAGACCCAGCGCCCCGCAGAGGCGCGUCUAGAAGUCGAGUCCUCCAGCCCCCUGCACUCAGGAGAGGAGGUGCAAACAGCCGAAACAGCCACCUUCCUAACAGACGCGUCCACCCCAGCCUCUCCAGAGGGGACAGAAGAAUCCGGGGCAACCACUACAGACAUUGAUGAGUGCCUCUCAAGCCCUUGUCUGAAUGGAGCCACCUGCGUGGAUGCCAUCGACUCUUUCACAUGCUUAUGCCUUCCCAGCUACCGAGGGGACCUGUGUGAGACCGACCAGGAGCUGUGCGAGGAGGGCUGGACCAAGUUCCAGGGCCACUGCUACCGCCACUUCCCCGACCGUGAGAGCUGGGUGGACGCCGAGAGCCGCUGUCGCGAGCAGCAGUCCCACCUGAGCAGCAUCGUCACGCCCGAGGAGCAGGAGUUUGUCAACAACAACGCCCAAAACUACCAGUGGAUCGGCCUAAACGACAGGACCAUCGAAGGGGACUUCCGCUGGUCAGAUGGGCACUCCUUGCAAUUCGAGAACUGGCGCCCCAACCAGCCCGACAACUUCUUCGCCAGCGGGGAGGACUGCGUGGUGAUGAUCUGGCAUGAGAAGGGCGAGUGGAAUGACGUGCCCUGCAACUACCACCUGCCCUUCACCUGCAAAAAGGGCACAGUGGCCUGCGGAGACCCCCCCGUGGUGGAGCACGCCAGGACGUUCGGGCAGAAGAAGGACCGCUACGAGAUCAACUCGCUGGUGCGGUACCAGUGCACAGAGGGCUUCGUCCAGCGCCACGUGCCCACCGUCCGGUGCCUGCCCAGCGGGCACUGGGAGGAGCCUCGGAUCACCUGCACAGACCGCUGGGCCGGCCUGCUCCAUCCCAGGGCUCACGGAGACCGUUCUCUCUCCCCCCUCCCAGCCGCCGCCUACAAGCGCAGGCUACAGAAGCGUAGCUCCCGGCCGCCCCGGAGGAGCCGCCCCAGCGGGGCCCACUGA